AUGAUGUUCAUAACCGGCACUCCCGAGAACAAGGGCCGAGUUUCGUCACACCCCAAGAAGGGGAGCGGCUCGUCACCGGCCUCAUCAUCAACGUCAAAGAGACGUUCCAAGUCUCGCACGCCGAUAGGCAAGGAGAGCAGCAGGAGGAGCUCCAGUGCGUCGUUUGUCCCGACCUAUCCGUUGACUUCGGCCUGGGACGACUUCAUCGGGCUGUCCAGCAACGGCGCCGAGUCGCAGGUGCUCUUCACCGCGUUGCAGACUCCUCUCAAGAGUGUCAUCCGAGAAGAGGACGACUCUGGGGAUGAUGCCAGGUUCAAGGUGUCCUUUGUUCCAACUACCCCUCCUGAACUCCCGUCACUUCCGGGAUGUGACGAUUUCAGCGUCCAGGCUCACUGCCUCGUAAGUACACACUUUCCUGGAGAGGAAGCCAACGGGGGGGAUUUCUGCGCCUUCUUGUUCGAGAAGCAUACCUUCCAAACUCAAGGGUUUCCGACAUUCAACAACACGAAUCCGGAUCCCGUGCAAAGCGCAGGGCCGGAGAACUUCAAGGCCUUCCCUAACCACCAUUAUUUUGUGAGGGUCUAUCGGCCACUAGUUCUGAGCUCUGCCUUAUUAAGAAGGCAGCCAACUUUCCUAUCCGAGCCCCUAUGGCAGACAGUUCCGUGGGAACUCUACCCGAAGCCGCUUUUCGAUCAGCUUCUCGAUCUCAUUGCGCUCCUGUCCGGGACGCUUCAUCACACUGACCAGAUCAUGACGAUGCAGCCGACGUUACCGAGACGCCACCAAGCACAAGAUCUCCUGCACACCUGCCUCCUCCUCGAGGCACGAUUCGACGAGUGGCUCGGCCUAGCCCACAGCCAGACCGGGGAGCAGCCCGUGAGCUACUGGGCCGGCGAGCUAGUGACCUCCAACGGCGAGGUGGCCUUCUCCCACUCCUACUCGUUCAAGGACAGCCUGACAGGGCUCAUGUUCCUGUACUACUGGAUGUCCCAGAUCCGGUUCCGGAGGUGCGUCGACUGCCUCCACCGGGUCAUAUACGAGCCCGUGGUUGACUCCUACGCGGACAUCUGGCCCGACCUGCCGCCCAGCCUGCAGAUCGACCUGACGCGGUACCAGCAGACGCGGGACCUGGCGGCCAGCAUCUGCCGGGGCCUCGAGUCGACGCUGGGGAGCACGGUGCAGCCGAACCUGCUCCUCGCCCCCAUGACGAUCGCGCUGGAGCUGUACCGGGACAUCAACCUCGCGACACAGGACUGCCUGCCUGAGAUACUGUGGCUCGAGGCUUUCGAGUCCCGGCUGGUUGACAAGGUCGAGAAUGUGGCGGCCGUGCUGCAGCAGAACCGUUGGGUGGAAGUCACCCGGUUUUAG